GAUAAAUUUAUUAAAAAGUAUAAAAGUGCAAUAUUGAAGCAUAUUUUCGACAAUUCCUUCAAAGGACUUCAAAUUGAGUAAGGUGUAGCAGAAAGCCAUACGUAACAUAUUUCAAGAAGAACUCAAAAUUCUUAAAAAACUUGUCUAAACCUGAACAAUUUGCAAAACAAGGUGUAUAAAUAGGAAAAGUUAAUACCAGUUUUAAAGUGGCCCUCAAGUUAAGGAUCAAAAAUGACGAGUAUGUCCACAAUUCUUCAACAGCAGCAACAAAAACAACCCGCAGACUACCGGUCGCGUUUGCACAAUGGCGAUGGUGGUCGCAGCAGUCGCAGUAGUAGUGAAAUUAGUAGUGGCGGAGAGUCGCCGCCACAACUAACUGGAUCGGACGCGCUUAACAUGACGAUGGCGGCUACAACCGCAGCAAUGACGAUGCCGCACAAGCCUCAUCAUCAACACAACCAACAACAACACCACAAUCAUCAGCAACAUACAACUAUAGCUGCGAACUCCUCAUUAUCAACCGCCAACGCUGCGUUCAACUCGCAACAACAUUCAAAUCAGCAACACCAGCACCCACAUCAGUCGCACCAUCACAAUCAUCACCAGCAACAAAACGACCAUAUUAAGCGGCCAAUGAAUGCGUUCAUGGUCUGGUCACGCGGACAGCGACGCAAAAUGGCGCAGGACAAUCCAAAAAUGCAUAAUUCAGAGAUUUCCAAACGUUUGGGUGCCGAGUGGAAAUUACUUACCGAGGGACAAAAGCGACCAUUCAUCGAUGAAGCAAAGCGUUUACGAGCGUUACACAUGAAGGAGCAUCCCGACUACAAAUACCGGCCGCGUCGCAAGCCGAAGACACUCAAUAAGCCGCCUGUGUCUAGCUCCGGCGUGAAUGGCUCACAAAAGGAGUCGCCACAUAGCCAUCUGGGCACAUCAGCCGCGGCUGCAGCGGCAGUCGUUGUUGCCCAUCAUCAACAACAUUCGCCCACAAGUCAUCAUCAUAUUGUCAAUGCGGCCAAGUAUGGUUUUGGCGCAACGCCUCUAGAAUUGACAUUGAAUAUGCCGUCACGACAUAUACCGGGCGCUUUUCCGGCAGCGACAGCGCUAACCCACUACCCUCUGGAUCCAACCAUAGCACUCGAUUUGCAGGCCCGUCUACAAGCCAUGUACGCCGGUAGCCUAUAUCAUCCAUGGCGAUACUUUGGUUGCGCACCGCUCAUUAGCCCUGAGACACCGCCGUCACCGCCCAGCAGCAACGGUACGGGCAGCAUCGCUUCAUCAUACGGUUGCGGCAUCAAAUCAGCCAAAUCUUCACCCACGCUGGCACUGUCCGCGGGCACUCAAGCACCGCCCAAUAUUAUUUGACCAACUCCUUUAAGAUUUGGUGGGAGCUCCAUGGGUAAUACCGCCAUUGCGGUGGUUGCUGAACCGGCUAUGUAGACUAUUAUUUAAAAUGUAAAUGCUAGCGUAUGCGUAAGUAAUACUACUCAUAUUUUUACUGAGUAUAUGUAAGUAUGUUUUAGCUGCUAAGACUUAUUACUCCAAAGUGCUUACAAGUUGCAAUUUAAAAUUAAAUACUUUAAAUGUUGUUCAUAUGUAAAUUGUAUAUGUAAAUUUUAUAAAUUUGAUUGCGAGAACCAUAACGUUCUUAACUGAUGAGAUGAUUUAUUCAAAUUUGGUCAUAUGACCUUAUAGAAGUUAUACAUUUAUUGCCAAAUUUUUUAUUUUCCUUCAUUCA